GCAUUGUUGCUGACUCCUGCUUCUGACGGUGUGAUGAAGUUCCGUCUGUUCAUUUUAUUUCUGGUAUUUCACGAUUUCCAUCAAGUUUAUCCGGAUGGGUUUGGUACAUAUUGCCGAGUGGCGGCAGAUUGUCAAAGCGAAAAUGCUCAAUGUGUGAACUCCAUUUGCCAAUGCAGCGAGACGUUCGUUCUUGCGAGGGAUCAAUUCGGUGAAUUGUAUUGCGUUAGUCCUGCAGAUAGCAGCAGGUGUCUGAACAAGGUGUUCCAGGACAAACUUAAACAAGUCGGCGACAAAUUUCCCUCAUUAAAUUCUGAACAGGACUUUGGAAAAGAUUGCCAACUAUCGUCAGACUGUAAAACUGAAGGCGCGGAAUGUGCAAACACGAAGUGCGCCUGCAAGUCGACGAAUAUCUAUGUCACCGCCUCAAGAGGCAGUGAAAGUAAAGUGCUCUGCCUGAAGUACGCCGAUAUGGACAGCUGUUUGGGAAGGAUGAAACGCCAGGAAGCUGUCACUCUGAGUCCAGCUCUAAAGCGUAAAGUGAAAGCGUUGAAAAAAUGCGGUACCUCCGAAGUUAAACCAUCUAUCGACCUAAAGCAGGCGUCGAAAAAAGGGAAGUUUCGCAUUAUUGGAGGAACAAAUGCUCAGAGUUGCAGCUACCCAUUCGCAGCAUUAUUGCAAAAAAGACAAGGCAAUAAGAUCACAUCAUGCGGUGGCUCCCUCAUUAGCGAUAGACAUGUCCUCACAGCUGCACACUGCUGGAAAGAAGGACGCAAGCACUCGACGUGCUCUUGCAAGGUACAGGAGGCAGGUGCGACCAAGCGGAACAUCCAGAUAGACCUACCGUCUCACAGACGAUUGGAAAUUGGCACAGGUUACGGAAGCGACCCGACGAGUCGGCAGAAACCUGAAGUUCGUACCGAUUGA